CCUACGGACUGUGGCGAGUCCGGCAACUUUACGCUCUCCUUCGAUGAUACUACGGUUGGGCCCAACGAAAGCGAUCUGCUGGUAGCCAACGGGAUGAAGGCGCCUUACCACCACCUCUUCUACGCAAACGGCUUCACAUACGUCCCUGACAAGUGGGAGCCCUACCCUGCAGUCUCGCAGCCCAACAUCGCCAUGUUCCUACCACUUGCCGGACGGCUCCUGCCCAACACGCCGUUUGCUGGCACACUGCUUCCCGGCGAGAUCGGAGCUGGCCCACGUGCUUCAGUGACAGCGUACUGGUUCAACGCAUACUCAGGCUUCUUCGGCUGCGCUCUCAACGGCCUCACGCCGUGCACGCUGCGUAUCUCAGGGUAUCGAUACGACACGGUGUUGAAGCAAGAGGUCCUUGUUGCUGAGCAGAAUGCCACAUUACCGGCGUGCUGGGCGUAUGUCCAUUGCCAGCUCACACAGGUCUUCUUUAACGACCAGUUCAGAGCGCUCUCAGGGAUUCAGUUCAACGCGUAUACGUAUAAUUUGAGCAUCCCGCAAGUGCACAUGAUGGACGAUUUGCAACUGGAAUGGUACAACAACACGUGCUCUGCGGGUAUACUGAGGGUUGGUCAC